AUGUAUACCAAGUGUAAACCUCCUGCACAAGUAAACUACAUGCUCAAUACUGACUGUGCCGCCGAGGGUUCAUCUAUGAAUCAAUACCAAUUUGGUCUAAGGGGCGUCUUCAGAAAUUAUAAAGAAGAAUGGGUAUUAGGCUUUCAUGGUAAUUGCACUGCUACAGACGUUCUGGAAGGAGAAGCCCACGCCUUGUUACUAGGACUCCGGCUAGCCCACCAGAACAACCUUUUUCCACUAGAAAUUGGGAUAGAUUCUCAACAACUAGUUCAACUACUUGAUCCUGAUGCAGAUUCUAACUCUACUUUGAUAUCUGAUUGCAGGUACCUCCUGGGCGUACUGGAUAGUCCCUUGCUGCACCACCUUUUCAGAGAGCAGGACCAGUUAGCUGACGAAUUAGCUAGAUUACCUAGUAUAGCCUCUACUACUACGUUGUUUUGGACUCCACCAUAG